AUGGAUGAUGAUGAAAUUGGAUGGCUUGAAGAAACGUAUCGCGGACCGGACGGUAUUGAUAAUCGUCGUGCGUACGUUGUUUGUAACGUUGAUCAGCAAAAUGUUGACAAUUGGUUACGAACACCAAUAAUUUAUGUUAAUGGAGCAAAUCGUUUGCACGUCGAGGUAACAUUUACAAUGCGAGAUUGUAAUGAGUUCCCAGGUAAUGCUCGUUCAUGCAAGGAAACGUUUCGUUUAUAUGGUGUUCAGCUAAUGAAUAAUGAGAAAUAUCAAAAUAUUUGGAAUUCUGAUUAUUGGGAUUUAAUAGAUCGAAUAACGGCUGAUACAGGACGAUAUUCGAAAUCUGAUCCAACAACUGCUGCUGUAAAUCAAGAAAUUCGUAGCUACACGGUUACUAAAGAUGCUGUAUAUUUCGCUUUUCGUGAUUCGGGUGCUUGUAUAUCAAUACUUAAUGUUAAGAUUUUUUACGAAGUAUGUCCAGAAAUAACUCGCGCAUUUGUACAUUAUCCACAGACAGUAACUGGUGCAGAAGCACAUUCAAUUAUUGCUGUAAAUGGUAAAUGUGUUCCAAAUUCUUCACCGAUUGAUAGCAUCAAACAACCAACAUAUGUUUGUAAAGCAACGGGGUCAUGGGAUAUGGCAAAUGGUGAAUGUUAUUGUGACAAAGGUUAUGCAUCAUCGAUUAAGUAUAAUACAUGUACUGCUUGCUCUAUUCAAUCAUACAAAGCAAAAAAUGGUUUGGGAGAUUGUGAGUCAUGUCCUGGACAUAGCAGUACACGACAUAUUGGUAGUGCGGAAUGUCAAUGUGACGCGGGUUAUUAUAGGGCAGACGACGAAGGACCUGAAUUUUCCUGUACACAGCCACCAUCGAAACCUUCACACGUCACAGUAGCACGAAUUGAUGAUACAUCUGUUAUAAUUGAAUGGGAUGAACCAUUGGUACUUGGUGGACGAAAGGAAUUGUGGUAUCGUUACCAAUGUCCCGAAUGUCCGUCAACAACAAUAGCUCAUCCAGCCGGAAAAACAUUCACAACGCAACGUUUACAAUUAACUGCUUUAAAAGCUGGUACCACUUAUACGGUGUUAAUUUUUGCGGAAAAUAAAGUGUCAAAGGUUGAAUCGGUUGUUAGCCAAUAUGCAUUGGUUGAAUUUACUACACGAACUACGAUACCAGUAGUAAAUGGUCUUCGAAUCGAAAGUAUACAAGAAAAUGGUGUGACAAUUGCAUGGAAGCCAAUAGGUACAAUGAAGAACGAACUCUCUUAUGAAAUUGAAUCAUUACACAAUGAUUCAUCAGCAGUUGUAAAAACCACACGAAGCUAUUAUACAUUUGAAAGUUUAAAACCACAAUUUAUGUAUUCAUUUAGGGUACGUAUAGUAAACGAACAUGGAUAUGGCACAUGGAGUGAACCGUUGUGGUAUCAACCUGGUCAUGGUUUACCGUUUGCACCAAUAAGCCACCAUGUUGAUGACGAUGAUAUUGAUGUUAAUGAUGAAUAUAUGCAUAAUAAUAGCAUUGUCGAUUUGCAUUGGUCAUCUCCUGGACCACCGUUAUGGAUUUGGGUUUUAUUAAUUUGUACCUUCGUAGUUAUCGUCCUGCUCACGCUACUCAUUUGUCUACGACAAAAUCGAAAUCGAAAACGAUUAAGUGAUUGUGAUGGUAUCGAUUCUUAUAAAAAUGGCACAUUAACACCAGACUUUAGUGCACCAGCUUCACAAGGUCAUGUGCAAAAUUUUUUUCGUGGAAAAUUGAGUUCGCCACUAAUAAAUUAUGGUUCAUCACAAUCAACUAAUUAUGGUGAAACUAUUACUCGUUUUAAACCGUAUGUUGAUCCAGCAGCAUAUGAAGAUCCAAAUCAGGCUUUAUUGGAAUUUACAAAUGAUGUUGAUCCAGCUUUGAUACGUAUCACCGAGAUAAUUGGUAGUGGUGAAUUUGGUGAAGUCUGCAAAGGUAUUUUGCAACCAUCGUAUAGGAUGACCUCUUCUGAUAUUUGUCAAGUACAAACAGUUGCUAUUAAAACACUGAAACCAGGUAGUAGUGAUAAAGCUAAAGGUGAUUUUCUAAUGGAAGCAUCUAUUAUGGGACAGUUUACUCAUGAAAAUGUAAUUCGAUUAAUUGGUGUGGUUACAAAAAAUGAACCAAUUAUGAUUGUAAUUGAAUAUAUGGAAAAUGGAUCACUGGAUCAGUUCUUACGAAAGAAUGAUAAUGGAGUAUUGAAAUUGAUGCAAAUAAUUGAAAUGUUGCGAGGUAUAGCAGCUGGAAUGAAAUAUCUUACGGAAAAAGGCUUUGUACAUAGAGAUUUAGCUGCUCGAAAUGUCUUGGUUGAUUCAAAUUUGCUGUGUAAAAUUGCUGAUUUUGGAUUAAGUCGUGGUGUUGAAGGUUCCGUUGAACAAGAAUAUACAACAAAUGGUGGUAAAAUACCUGUCCGCUGGACAGCACCUGAAGCUAUAACACAUCGAAAAUUUACCGCUGCCUCAGAUGUUUGGAGUUUUGGUGUUGUUAUGUGGGAGGUUUGUUCAUUUGGUGAACGACCAUACUGGGAUUGGACGAAUCAAAAAGUAAUCAGUGAAAUAACACUGGGAUAUCGUUUACCGUCACCGAUGGAUACACCGAUAUCAUUGCAUAAUUUAAUGUUACAAUGUUGGCAUAUCGAUCGUCAUAAGAGACCAACUUUUGCGCAAAUUCUUAAAAUUCUCGAAGAAUAUGUUCGUCAGCCAGCACUGAUCUAUAGUGAUGGUAUUUGUUUGGAUAAUACGACAUUAUCAAAUGUUGGAUUUUCAACAUUUGGUACACUUCCACGUACGCUUGAUGCAGAAAUAUCAGCAGCAUCGUUAUCAUUAUCCUCACAACUUUCAUUGGAUGAAUUUUUGAAACGUAUUGGUUUGGGACAUUGUGCAUUAAAACUUAAUAUGGCUGGUGUUAGUAGAGUUUCGGAUUUGAUACGUCUUGGACAUAUUGAUUUACUCAGUUACGGGUUAAUUGCUGAAGAAGUACAGAUGAUACGGAAUGCAUUAAAAAGGCUAUGUCCAACUACAACAUUGCAACAUAUGAGAAAUCGUCCGGAACAUCAGCGCUUACCGCCACCGCAUCAUUUCUCUCCUCAGUUGCAUUCACCUGUCCGUACUUCAUCACGGCUUGCAACAAUGCCACGUGUGCUAUCAUCAAUUUCAACAUCUAAUAAAGAUAGCUUCUUCGUAUAA